UUGAUCACAACGAUAUAAAUAUACAAUACAUAGAUGGUUCCAUCGGAAACUGUUUGGCAUAUGAUAACAAACUUUGGAUAUUCAAGGCAGCAAAUUGUUCAACACAAAUGUACCCGAUGUGUUUCGAUUCUGUAAACGAUAUCUUCCACAAAGGGAAUGCAACAAGAUCUAAUUGGAAUGACGCCUUUAGUAUCUGCCAACCCAAUAAUCUAGCUAGCUAUAGAACAUUAGGAGGCCAACAGAAUAAAAUCAAUUUGCAUGGACAAUUUUGGCUUUCUAAUACAAGGCGAUGGAAAAGAAUGAUAGAUGCAGCAGGAUAUCCUGAAUUUUGUGUAGCUGCCAGAAGAAAGCAAAAUGGUGAUGUAAAAAAAAUUAUCCUUAGAUGUAGAGAAAAGCUUCCCGGGAUUUGUAUUGAAGUUCGAAAGACGUCAACGAAUGUACCUUCAAGAACGUCUUCUACAACGUCAACGGUUACUUUAUUUUCUCGUAGACUUGAAAAAACAGCUCCAUCCCUACAAAGUAAAACAGUUCAAGGUCUAACACUAUCUACGUACUCCACUUCACAAAGGAGUACAUUUCCAUUUCAACUUAAGUCUACAUCUCAAGCUCUACAGGAAACUUCCGGAAUAUCUAAAGUUAAACAAGAAACUACUUCUCAUACUCCGGAAUUUCAGGAAACUACAUCUCCAGUGCUUUUAGAAUCUCCCUCUUCAGAUUUACCGGGUUAUGAUGGUGUUUCAGCAAUAGUAAUACUUGCCAUAAUAGCUGCAACAAUUCUGAUGGUCAUCGUUGUAUUGGUAACAGUCGUUAAGUGCAGAAGAAAGAGAAAUAACCAAGUUGAAACAUCAAACGAAUCAUUGGCGAUGGUCGGAAAAGAAGUAGUUUAUGCACAAGUAAACAAGCCGACCGUUAGACGUGAAAAAAGCACGUCAAGCCAUAGAUCUCAACCAGCUGCAUCCGACGAUACAUACGACCACAUGGAUCAUUGUCGACUUAGUCAGACCCACAAUCCAACAGAAAACUAUGACACCAUGCGCAGUAUUGCGAAUGCAGGUGAAGAGGAAAAUAACUAUGAUCAUGUUACUGGAACUAAGAUGGAACCAAACGUAGUUGUAGUUGAUAUUAAUAAAGAUUACAGUCAUGUUGAAGAUGAAUUCCACGAGAUUAAAGACAUGCGUGACCCGCCAUGAAAUUUCCAGGCUUAUGGAGAUUUAACGUCAUUGUGAGAAAAACGCCGUUAACCAAUAACGUUACGGUCAAAUUAUGUAUUGGGACAUACGAGUUCAUUUCUAUAAUGAAUUGAGUUUAUGUAUGCUUUUAAAGAUCAAUUAUGAAAUAUCAUUUCAAGUUUUUUGCUAAUGUU